CUUUAUACAUAUAUGGGUAUUCCUCGAGUUUAUCAACGAGUACUGCUUCCUAUAUUGCUCAUCAAUGCUUUGCUUUUCGUCUAUCUGCUCAGUGUGAAUGGUCCAUUUAGUGAGAGUUAUGACUAUAUUCCUUUACCAACCGCUGCACCUCCCCAUAAGCUGUGCGUAAUCGGUAGGAAUCAUGAUCAUUUGUGGUUCUUGAAACUUAUCAUGGGAGACGUUUUAGUGCCAUUUCGUGAUCGAGAUGAGGAAUUGUCAGAGUUUGCUCCUCACAUCGACAAAUUCCUCCGAGAGCAAGGGAUUGAAUACUACCUUUUAUUGAUGAAUCAAACUGAUGAUUUGCGGUUCAAUCGAGCAUCUCUUAUCAAUGCAAAAUCUGAUCGUGUUGGCUGUGAUUAUAUGGUCAUGCAUGAUGUGGACCUAUUACCUCUAAACUCGGAAAUCAGUUAUCAUUUUCCUGGUGAAGGAGUUAUAAGGCACAUAUCAUCUCCGUCGUAUCAUCCGAAAUAUAGUUAUUCAAAAUUUAUUGGAGGAAUACUGAUGUUGACAAUGAAUGAUUACAAAACUCUCAAUGGAAUGUCAAAUAAAUACUGGGGAUGGGGACUUGAAGAUGACGAGUUCUUCCUGAGGAUCAAGGAUGCUGCUUUAAAUCUAACAAGGGUGGAGAAUCUCUCGAGCAAUCGAUUAAAUACUUUCCGACACCUUCACGGACCUAAAAGGAAACGUGAUUAUGCCGUCGUAACGAAGGAACAGAAGUCUAUGAAGAAAAGAAGAGAUUAUAUAUCUGGUCUCAAUAAUGUAAGCUACAACAUCACGGCGCGGCGCAUCCGUUCUUUUGGUGAAGCAUCUGUUCAUGUUGUAGAUGUACAGUUGUUCUGUGACAUGAGCUGGACACCAUACUGUAAACUUCCUUCUCAUCGUUGA